AUGAUAAUUACAUCCAGGGCCACUUUCAGGCCUCGAAACAUGGCGUUUGUACCGCUUUUAAAUCGAGCUUGUCGGUUCCAGCUGACAUCGUCUCAGCAAGAAAUGUUUUUAAAGGAGUACAAAAUUCGAUCCCUGCUUGAAAGAUUGGUUCAUCACUACUCCGAGAAACAACUUCCCCAAUUUUCGCUUCGCCGACUCUACGACCAGUCUACAAAACUCGACCACAACUACAUUCUCCAGAAUGCUCGUGAUACAAUUGAAUGGCUAAUUAUAUACAACGCCAGACGGCUCAGCGACUUUAGGCGACUCCCGUACUUGGUGAUCCUCAAUCCGUCGAUAUCUGAAUGCUACAGCUCAUAUCUUCACACCAUGUCGUCGCUUAUCACGGCGUCGCUAGAUGCCCCAACCACCGCUCAAGACAACGAAAAGUUUGUGGAAACUCUAGAAGACUUUAUCGAGGUACACGCAGAUACGUUGCCAGUGCUUUCCAAGGGGUUCACCGAGGUUUUGCAUUUGAUAUCUCAGGAACAAGUGACUCAUUUUCUCGAUAAUCAUCUUCGUGAACGAAUCGUGAUGAGACUCAUUGCUCACCAACACGUCCAACUCACGAAAACUCUCUGUAGCGACGAGUACGUUCCUGGAGGGAAGUUCAAUGGGGUUAUCAGACAACUCAAUAUUGCUGAUGUGAUAACCAAGAAUGCCGAGCUCGUCAAUGAUAUAUGCUUGAUGAAGUACGACCAGUCCGUUCCCAUUACCAUAGAUACCAACAUGUAUCCCCCAGCAUUCUGGAGCCGUCAGGACCCUCAUGACUCUCCCAGAAACAAAGGAGACCCCAAUAUGUUUCCUUAUAUCGAAUACCAUUUGGAUUACAUACUUAUGGAAAUUUUCAAAAACUCAUUCAGAGCCCAUAUCGAAAAUGGUGUUUCUGACCCGGUCCAGGUGACUAUUCUGACAUCCGAGUCGCCGUCCUACUUGGAGCUUAGAAUCCGCGAUAAGGGAAAGGGCAUUCCUCCCAAUAUUCUCAGCCAUAUAUUCGACUAUUCAUUCUCAACCUACGAGUCUGGAGAAGGUGAUAGCUACAAAACACUCAAUGUGCCACCAGGAGCAGCUGGAAAUACUGUGGCGGGUAUGGGAUAUGGACUUCCGUUGCUGAAGAAUUAUGUGGAGAUUUUCAACAAGACUGAAGGGUCAAAAAUUAUGGGCCUGUUAACUAUGCAAAGCUACUUGGGAUGGGGCACCGACGUUUAUUUGAAGACUGUUGGAACGGAGUAG